AUGUCGAACAAGAAUACCUUUUCCUUCGGAACCCCCGCUUCUAGCGGAGCCUCCAGUGGCAGCCUAUUUGGAUCAACCACUCCGUUUGGUUCGAAUCAGAGUGGUUCCGGAGGCAGCUCUGGCGGUGGUGGUCUCUUUGGCAAUGUAGGGGCCUCUUCCAGCGGCACCUCUUCGUCCUCACUGUUUGGGACAGCCAACACCAGCUCUGGUCAGAAGACAUCGCUGUUUGGAAGUGCAACUACGACUUCUGGCAGCGGCUCGAAUACUCCGACUUUCAGCUUUGGGUCGCAGAAUCAGACUACCUCAACCACCCCAUCGUCAACCUCUCUGUUUGGCGCGACUGCUCAGACGCCCAACAAAACCAGCGAAGCAUCUACGCAGGGCCAGACAAAGACCACCGGCCUUUUUGGCGACACUUCAAAGCCUGGUGGGCUGUUUGGUAGCGCUACCGCUACUCCUACCCAGUCUGGUGGAACUUCGUCUCUUUUCGGCACGACAUCCACUACCCCAGUCGGUCCUCCGCCGUCUGGUACGUCAACCGGUCAAGGACAGUCUCUUUUUGGCGGACAGAAACCCUCGUUUGGAACUACGUCGGCGGCAUCCACGACGCCAGCUACUACUUCUGCGCCGUCGAGUGGUGGUCUCUUCGGACAAGGCGGCACAUCAAAGCCCUUGUUUGGCACGACGCCCUCAACUUCAAGCGGAGGAUCUCUGUUCGGAGCUGCCACUACUGACAAGCAGGCUGGGGGUGACCAGAAGACGCCGGCUACUUCGGAUAGUGGCUCAAAACCCUUAUUUGGUGCUGCAACAACGGCAGCAUCAACAAGCACUACACCCGCCAUGCAGUCGUCGUCGUCACUUUUUAAAUUUCCCUCCACCAGUUCGGACUCGCAAAAAUCUCUCUUUUCCGCCCCCAGCACGACAGCAACUUCACAGCCCUCCACCACCGCUUCGUCUACCGCGACUCCACAGAAACCCCUGUUCCCAAGUCUGGGCGGCACCACUUCCUCGACGACUCCGUCCUCAACCCCUGCACCGGCUGGAGGAUCUCUGUUUUCCCGGGUCAGUGUGCCACAGAGCACUGCUGCGAGCAAUGCGGAGACGACCAAAGCGACUGCUGCUCCUACACAGGCCCCGAGUACUGGUGGCUUGUUCUCGUUAGGGAAACCGGCUGAGACGACCCAGCCAGCGUCUACUACUGCCACUACUACUACUGCUACAACAACUGCUGGUGCUGCAACAACCGCAGCCACCACAGCUCCGUCCACGACGGCACCAGCUACAACAACCACUACCACCACUGAUGCCGCUAAAGGCGGAGCGCCUUCUACGACGGCUGCGACACCUAAUCUCGGCGCCUCGACUGCUGGCCCCGCUCCUCCAGCACAGUCGCGUCUGAAGAACAAAACGAUGGAUGAGAUUAUCACCCGCUGGGCGACGGAUCUUACCAAGUAUCAGAAAGAAUUCCGCGAACAGGCCGAGAAGGUGGCCGAGUGGGACCGCAUGCUGGUGGAGAACGGAUCCAAGGUGCAAAAGCUGUAUGGGAGCACCGUGGACGCGGAGCGUGCAACUCAGGAGGUGGAACGCCAACUGGCUUCGGUGGAAGGGCAACAGGAGGAAUUGAGCUCGUGGCUCGAUCGGUAUGAGCGUGAGGUUGAUGAGAUGCUGUCGAAACAGGUGGGACCUGGGGAGUCGCUGCAGGGACCGGAUCAGGAGCGAGAAAGAACCUACAAACUUGCCGAAAAACUUUCGGAGCGGUUGGACGAGAUGGGUAAGGAUCUCAGCAGCAUGAUCGAGGAGGUCAACAACGCGUCCUCCACUCUGAGCAAGACCAACAAAGCCGACGAACCUAUUUCCCAGAUCGUCCGGAUCCUGAACUCGCACCUGUCACAGCUGCAGAUGAUCGACCAAGGCACCGCCGAGCUGCAGGCCAAAGUCAGUGCCGCGCAGAAGGCGAGCCAGAGCCUUGGAUCGAGACUCAGCGGAUACGGUUAUAAUGGCGGUGGCAGCAACAGCAGUAUCGGCGUCGGUGGAAGUGCGGUUGACGACUUUUACCGCUCGUACAUGGGGCGACGAUAG